CACAACUUACCCCCGACGUCUUUCAUCUUCAGACUCUCGGCUGGCUAGGGCCUCCGAUAUCAUUUGUAUAAAAGGAGCCGUCGCUCCUAGGAACAUAUCUCGAUCUUGACCAGCAGAAGCAACAAGAAGUCGCAAACUACCAGCCACCACCUUCGAAACACACUUGUUUAACACACAUCGCUCUACCAACCCCAAUAUCCACCAUGAUGUUCGGAAACGCCGCCGCCGCCUUCAUUCUGACCGGCAUGGUCGGGAUGAAAGUUGCCGGACACGUCCUCCCGAGAGCCGACACGACCCCGGACGGUCUCAUCGUCAUCGAUGUUUCACAAGACGGCAACAACACCCUCACCUGGUACGCCGAUGUGCCCGGCAGCGAAGCCAAGCGCUCCGGUCUGGAGGCCGCCGGGGCACCCCUCGAGGCCCGGGCCUGCGGCUCCGUCGCUGUGUCCUGCUUCGGCAGCAAUCUCGCGGACGCGACCAACUGCGCCAACCUCAUCUCGGCGCUGCGCCGCGACCCGUUCAGGCAGCUCUCCCAGUCACCUCGUGCCGUCUGUCUCGGACAGGGCGGUGGCGAGUGCUGCGUGAGCUGGUCCAAGGCUGUUUCGGGUCUGGAGCAGGGCGAUCUGCUUAACGGCGCCAACUUUGUCCUCCAGGACUGUCUGAAGUCCGGGAACAGAGUGUCUGGGCUGACUAGGAAUGUCCAGCUGCAGUCGAGCUGUGUCACCGAGUGCCUCUCGAACCGCCCUGACGGGUGUAGCUAGAUGAUGGUCUCGAAGGGAUUGGGAUUACAGGGAAGAGCCCGAAGCCUGUACGGUGGCUUUCGGGUGAUGGCAAGAUCCUGUCUCCCAUCCAGCUUUGAUUGUUGAGAGGGUAAAGGGGGGGUGAGGAAGGAUUGGGAUUAUAGAGAAGAGCCCGAAACUUGAACUCUACUUUUGAGUGUGACGACAAGACCAUGUGUCCCCUUCGACUUUUGUGUGUUGAGAGCAAAUAUAGUUGAGAGAAUAUUCAGUUGAGUAACCACUGGCGCAACUAUAAACAAUUUGCAACAUCUCAAGAUCACUUGGGAUAGAAAGAUAGUUGCGUUCGAGCCGCGCUGUAAUUACCU